GCUUCCUCGGACGAGGAACGCCUUAAAUUGCUCGUGGGCCUCCACUACAAGUUCUACCACCCACCAGACUUCGAGAUCGAGCGGAUGAUUAGAGCUCUUGGACUACCAGCACCUAUUCGAGAGUUGUGCAAAGGUAUGGCCGAGCACUGCGAGACCUGCCUUCAGCGACAACGAGCGAUGAACAAGCCGAGUAUCAAGAUGACCAUCGCAGUUCGUUUCAACGAACGAGCCCGGGCAGAUCUGUUCUUCGUGUUCGAAAAGACGUGGCUCAUAAUGAUUGAUGAAUGUAUCAGGCACCGCAUCGCAUGCUUGGUGGCAACAAAGCAAGGGAAAUACAUUCUACGUGCGAUGCUCAGUCACUGGAUUCGGUAUUUCGGGCCGAUGGACAACCUGGUGAUGGAUCAGGAAGGCGGCAUGACGACCGACAAUGUGGCGCUGGUAGCAGACAGAUACAACCUCAAAUUGGUGUUUGGUGGAGCAGACGGACAUGCCACGACAGGCCUGGCCGAGAGAGCUAUUCAGACGCUCAAGCCCACGGCACUCAAGACGAAGCGUGACGUGAUCAAGCAAGGCCUGACCGGUCCAGCAGAGUUCAUCAGCUUAGAUAACGACAAAGCGGCGGCAAUCGUGAUUCACCAGAAUCAGCCGUACAAGAUACCGACGAGGCACAUGCGAGCACGACGAAUGAAUUUUCAUGUUCUAGGCAUUUCCUGGGACAAAUAUCAGGUGCACCUCGGCAGCGGUAGCACGAUGAAGCUCACGCAGUUGUUUGAGAUCAGAAAAGGGACCCCUCCAGGCAUCGUGCACCGCAUGGGCAUCUUCAACGAGCAAUCGACACCACCAGAACUACUGCAGGAACCACCUCCGACAUGGCAGUUGGCACAGAGUGUGGGCAUGACCAUCUUCCGGAUGACUAGCGUUGACGGCAUCAUCUAUGGACAAGGACACCGGCAGCUUAAAGGUCUUGGAGAAUUCACUCAUGGAGUGCUUGUGGCCUGGCGCGAUCGACACCGAGAAGACUACUACAGCAGUGAUAUCGAUCCGGCCCAGCCGAUCAACAUGGCGAAGUUCGUAG